CUGGCAUUUCAGGGAAGACCACUCGAUCUUGUUCUUUCAACAAACCUCGUAAUACGUACAGUCAGCAAAUACUCGAUAGCAUUUUAUAGUGUAAUUGUCGGCGAUCAAAGCAGAGAUAGGAUUAUAAUUGAAUGGUUGAUGCCGAAAUCCUCUGAAGAGGUUUCACCUCACACUCACAGCCGACAGAGAUUCGGUACGGUGGCCGCGCUUGGCGAGAAUAUGCCGUGGACUAUGGAGAACAUGAAACCCUUCGAGGGGAUACUAGAAAUCAAUGAUAUUGCUCCAAUGGGUGUUCCUGAAUUUCUCUCAAUAAUGCAAGCUGAACAAAAUACAGUAAGUGCUUCAUAG